UACCUAUUCUUGUCGAAUCUAUUACGGAACGUUUAUUACUAUCUCCUCUUCCUCCUAAUCACCCUUCGACUAUUGCCAACAAUUCUGUUUCCGUGAUAAGCUAUUCUGAUAGCUAUCCGGAAGGGACUGUUCAUCAUAAGAAAGGAGCUACCGACGAAUUAAUUAAUCCUUCGAAUCAAUCGUUUAAAAAUUUUUAUAAUAUUAAUAAUACUGCUUUAUACGACGAUUCUAUCCAAUUAUUGUAUUCAAAGAAUUCUUCUUCAAUGUCUCAAUUACAAAAUCUUAAUUUUGAUGUUAUAUACGUUACCGGCUGGGAUGAUAAUUAUCAUCCUCGUCAGCUAUUACCAAAUGAUAAUAAUACUGAUGCAAAUGGUAUUAAACAUGGCAAAGGAUGGCAAUCAAAAAGACGUUGUACAUAUCCUCAAGAAAUCAUAUUACGAGUAACCGAUGGGACUGCCCGAGUUCGUAAACUACAGAUAUUAUCACAUCAUUACAAAAUUGCUUCAAAAUUAGAAAUAUAUAUAGGUUCAAUACAACAAAAAGUAUCAUCUAAUACUAGCGAUAGUGAUAGUAUUGAUGAAAAACGGGCUUUUUCUUGGGAUAAAUUACCAAAAAUUAUUGAUACUGAUGGAAUAAAUUCUGUCGGUAUUGUAGCGAUAACUGUUAUGGGUGAGCCGGUUGACUAUUUGCUCGCCGGUGAAAGCCAAAAGAUUCCAAUAGAACACGUAGACGAAGGUGUGUCACGUGUAGCUUCGCCCGAAACUUGUAUUAUCCCUGGUGUUCAUGAUGACUCUAUGACAAUUGAUAGUAGUCAACAUG